AUGUUCAGCGGAAUCGCAGGUGCGUUCCGAAGCAUCGGUGAAAAGACUGCUUCGCUUUUCGAAAAGAAGAAGAAAGAUGUGGAACAGAUCGCCCAAGAGAAGGCAGCGGAGGCAGCUCACGUGGUAGAAGAACAAGUGAAGAAGACUGGAGAACUAGUGAGCGGCGCGGAGAAGAACGCUGCUGAGGCCGCCGAUACUGCUGCGAAUGUAAGGAAUUCUGCCAUCGACGCUCUCGAUAAGGAGUUGGGGAAGGUGGCCCUGGCUGCAGGAGAAGCGAAGGACGCUGCUAGCAAGGCUGUGGCUGAUGGAAAGAAGGUUGUCGACACUACUAAAGAUACAGUCGCAAGUUCAGUUCAGUCCGCUGUAGAUACAACACAAAAAACAGCUCAAUCAGCUUUAGACACAGGAAAGUCUUACGCUACUAGUGCUAAAGAUACAGUUGCAAGUUCAGUUCAGUCCGCUGUAGAUACAACACAAAAAACUGCUCAGUCAGCUUUAGAUACAGGAAAGUCUUACGCUGCUAGUGCUAAAGAUACAGUUGCAAGUUCAGUUCAGUCCGCUGUAGAUACAACACAAAAAACUGCUCAGUCAGCUUUAGAUACAGGAAAGUCUUACGCUGCUAGUGCUAAAGAUACAGUCACAAGUUCAGUUCAGUCCGCUGUAGAUACAACACAAAAAACUGCUCAGUCAGCUCUAGACACAGGAAAGUCUUACGCUGCUAGUGCUAAAGAUACAGUCGCAAGUUCAACUCAGUCAGCUUUAGACACAGGAAAGUCUUACGCUGCCAGUGCUAAAGAUACAGUUGCAAGUUCAGUUCAGUCCGCUGUGGACACAGGAAAGUCUUACGCUGCUAGUGCUAAAGAUACAGUCGCAAGUUCGGUUCAGUCCGCUGUAGAUACAACACAAAAAACUGCUCAGUCAGCUUUAGAUACAGGAAAGUCUUACGCUGCUAGUGCUAAAGAUACAGUCACAAGUUCAGUUCAGUCCGCUGUAGAUACAACACAAAAAACAGCUCAGUCAGCUUUAGACACAGGAAAGUCUUACGCUGCUAGUGCUAAAGAUACAGUUGCAAGUUCGGUUCAGUCCGCUGUAGAUACAACACAAAAAACAGCUCAGUCAGCUUUAGACACAGGAAAGUCUUACGCUGCUAGUGCUAAAGAUACAGUUGCAAGUUCAGUUCAGUCCGCUGUAGAUACAACACAAAAAACAGCUCAGUCAGCUUUAGACACAGGAAAGUCUUACGCGGCUAGUGCUAAAGAUACAGUCACAAGUUCAGCUCAGUCAGCUUUAGACACAGGAAAGUCUUACGCUACUAGUGCUAAAGAUACAGUUGCAAGUUCAGUUCAGUCCGCUGUAGAUACAACACAAAAAACAGCUCAGUCAGCUUUAGACACAGGAAAGUCUUACGCUGCUAGUGCUAAAGAUACAGUCGCAAGUUCAGUUCAGUCCGCUGUAGAUACAACACAAAAAACUGCCCAAUCAGUUGCGGACACUAGUAAGAAUUAUGCUACUAGUGUACAAGAUUCAGUAACAAGUACUGUAGAUAGUACAAAGAAAGCUGCUCAAAGUACAGUUGAAACUGGAAAGACAUAUGUUGAUUCAGCUAAAGAAACCGUAGCUAGCACCGUACAUACGACUGUAGAUAGCACUAAAAACUUAGCUGCAUCAGCAUUAGACAAAGGUUCCUCAUUGAUCGGUGGUGUCAAAGAUACAGUAGCAAGCACUGUCAAUGCAACUUUAGAUACAACCAAAAAUGUCGCUUCUUCAGCCGUAGACAAAGGUUCAUCUGUCGUUGGGAGUGGAGUAUCAUUAUUAGAAACUGCCAAAGACACAUUGGCAAAUUCAGUUAGCACAACUAUUGAUACGACUAAAAAUGUAGCGUCGACGGCAGUUGAUAAAGGCUCUUCAUUUGUAGGUGCAGCAAAAGAAUCUGUUGCGACUUCUGUAGAAACAGCUAAGAAUGUAGCGGCAUCGACAUUUGACAAAGGUGUAUCAAUUGCCGGUAGUGCUAAAGACACAGUAGUCAGCACAGUCCAAUCGAGUGUAGAUACAACAAAAAAUGUCGCAUCCGAAGUAGCUGAUAAAAGCGUAUCAUUAGUAGACUCAGCGAAAGACACAUUAGCUAGCACAAUAGAUACGACAAAAAAUGUAGCGAGCUCAGUUGUCGAUAAAGGUUUUUCAUUAGUCGGCGCUGCUAAAGAUACUGUUUCAAACACAAUUCAUUCUACCGUAGACACUACCAAAUCUGUUGCAUCAUCAGUAGCCGAUAAAGGAUCAUCUUUAUUAGGAGCAGCUAAAGAUACGGUCACAACCACGAUAGACACUACAAAGAAUGUAGCUUCAUCAGCUAUUGAUAAGGGUCUUAUGUACGCUGGCGUCGCUAAAGAUACAGUAAAAACAACGGUGGAGGAAGCGAGCGGGGAGGAUAAGGCAAAAAAUAUUCUUGAUAACACGAAAGAUACGAUCAACACUACUGUUGAUACAACCAAGAAAGCUGCUGAAGAUGCUAAGGAGAAGGCUCGACUUGCGGCUGAGGCGGCCAAGGAAGAGGCUAAGAGAGCAGCCAAUGCUGCUAUCGAAGAAUCGAAGAAGGCAGCGGAAAAAGCGGCAGCAGACGCGUCCAAUGCUGUGAACAGCACAGUAGAUAAUACAUUGAAGCGUGUCGAGAACGCAGCAGAUCAAGGUUUAAAGAACGCCAGCCAAGUUGUAGACGCUAAGAUCAAGGACGCCGACAAAUACUUGAAUGAUAAACGCGAAUCGCUGGUAUCAAACUUGUCUCAUGCUGCCCAUGACGGGGCAGAGGGCGCUGCGGGACUUCUCAGUAAGGGACUGGCCGCCUUCCCCAAGUAA